CACCAUGUCGCUCGCACACGCAGCUGCAGAAUACAUGCUGUCAGAUGCCUUGCUACCGGACCGCAGAGGCCCCCGCCUCAAAGGACUGCGCCUGGAACUUCCCCUGGACCGCAUGGUCAAGUUCAUAGCUGUGGGCUUCCCCUUGUUGCUGAUGUCCCUGGCCUUCGCCCAAGAGUUCUCUGCCGGGCCUCCCAUCCGCUGCUUCUCUCCCAGUAACUUCACCAUCCGGCAGGCCGCCUACGUGGACAGUUCCUGCUGGGAUUCACUCGUUCACCAUGAACCGGACAAGCUUGGCCCACACAAGAUGAAGUCCCUGUGGCCUCACAAGGCCCUCCCCUACUCCCUGCUGGCCCUGGCGGUGGCCAUGUACCUGCCGGUGCUGCUGUGGCAGUAUGCGGCCGCGCCGGCCCUCAGCUCGGAUCUGCUCUUCAUCAUCAGCGAACUGGACAAAUCCUACAAUCGCUCCAUCCGCCUGGUCCAGCACAUGCUGAAGAUCCGGCAGAACAGCUCGGACCCCCACGUUUUCUGGGAUGAGCUGGAGAAGGCUCGGAAAGAACGAUACUUCGAAUUCCCCUUGCUAGAGCGGUACCUGGCAUGUAAGCAGCGCUCACAUUCCCUAGUGGCUGCCUACCUGCUGAGGAACUCACUCUUGCUCCUCUUCACCUCAGUCAUCUACCUGUACCUUGGCCACUUCCACCUGGACGUCUUCUUCCAAGAGGAAUUCAGCUGUUCCGUCAAGACAGGGCUGCUAAGUGAUGAGACCCACAUGCCCCAUCUGAUCACGUGCAGGCUGACCUCUCUGUCGGUCUUGCAAAUUGUUAGUCUCUCCAGUUUAACAAUAUACACGCUGUUGGUUCCAGUGAUAAUAUACAACCUCACACGACUGUGUCGGUGGGACAAACGACUCCUCUCCAUCUACGAGAUGCUCCCAGCUUUUGAUCUCCUGAGCAGAAAGAUGCUGGGAUGCCCCAUUAAUGACCUCAAUGUGAUCCUUCUUUUCCUCCGAGCCAACAUCUCUGAGCUCAUCUCUUUUAGCUGGUUGAGUGUCUUAUGUGUUUUGAAGGACAUGACCACGCAGAAGCACAACAUUGACACAGUGGUCGAUUUCAUGACAUUAUUGGCAGGCUUAGAACCCUCAAAACCUAAACAUCUCACCCACAGAAUCGGUGAUGAAAACCCAUAGUUAAG